AUGAGCGCCAUGGCGGUCGCGCCCUUGCCCGACAGCGAGGAGGACUCUGCAUCCUCGAAGUCUGGGAGUGCCGACAGCCCGGAGCCCAAGGAGGUUCUGGAGCUGGUCCAGAUGGGCUUCGACCCGGGUGCCGCAGCAAACGCGCUGCGCUCCGCCGGUGGGAAUAUGGCGGAGGCGAUUGAUUUUCUGACGGGCGACUCCCAGCAGACGCCGGAUGCGCCGCUGGAGGGGCUGCAGAUGAUUGAGUCGAUGGGCUUCACAAGAGAUGCGGCCAUGAAGUCGCUGCAGAAGACCGGCGGAGAUACCACAGCGGCCAUCAGCCUGCUGGUGGAGCCCGAUGAGGAGCCGGCACAGAAGCCGACGCCCGCGCAGACCAGGGAGAGAGAAAGGUCGCGCAGCCCCCGUCGAGUGAGGCCUUCUGCGAGCAAGAGGCUGACAGCAUUCUCGGAGUCUGCCAAGCAGGCAGUGAUAGAAGCUCUGGCCGGCCCCGGAGGCAAAAGGAAGAACCAAGUGUCUAAGUCUAUCAAGCGGGGCCGUGUUUCCCAGUGGAAGCAUCAUUGGCCGAAGGAUCCGGGUGAGGAGCAGCUUGAGUCCGCUUCGCAGGGGUAUGCGAAGCUGAAAGGUUAUCAGAGAGUGGGGGUGCGCUACCUGCUUGCUCUUGCCAAGCUGGGCUGUGGCGGCAUUCUGGCGGAUGAGAUGGGUUUAGGAAAGACAGCUCAAGCUUUGGUGUUCCUGGAUCUCUUGCCCACAGUCUUGACUGACAAGCAAACACGCGCGAGGCAGCGACCAUCUUUGGUGGUGGUGCCAGCGACGGUUCUGGAAAACUGGGAGCGAGAAUGUGCUCUGUGGUGCCCACACUUUCAAGUCUUCCGAUACCAUGCCUCAAAUUCCGAUGAGCGCGAAGCCCUGGCAGCCGACAUUGAUGAUCGAUGGAAGGCGGGAGCAACGGCAGUAGUUCUCACCACUGCCGCCAUCCUCCGAAACAAGGAGGACCAGCAGAGAUUCUUCAAGAGAUUUCGCUUCGAGUGCGUUCUCUGUGAUGAGGCGCACGCCAUGAAGAACGCACAGACAACUGCCUUUCGCAACGUGACGCGACACAUCCAAGCAAAGCGUCGCAUACUUCUCACCGGCACUCCCGUGCACAACAACCUCCAUGAGCUCGGAAACCUUCUGAAACUGCUGUUGCAACAAGGGGAAGGCACAGCACGCAGUCCAAUUCUCAAAGAGCUAGAAGAGGUAGUGGAGCGGCAGUCGCUGCGAACCUUGCAAGCACGUGCCGCCCCGUUCAUGCUCCGGAGGCUGAAGCGCAAUGUCAUGUCCGACCUGCCAGUCAAGACAUGUCAGCCGCUGCGGUGCCAGAUGACGCCCUACCAGGAGAAGAUGUAUCAUCAAGAGAUCAAGAAGGCCAAGGAGCAGUCCAAGCAGAUGCGGAGAACAAAGGCCAUCAGAAGCAAGUUCGUGAAGAAUCUCUUUUCGCGGCUACGCCGGCUUUGCAAUCACCCGCUUCUCAUGCAGGCGAGGCUGACCGAGGAGGACUACACCAACCUGACGAAGCUCCUGCGCACAGUGCGUGCUGACUUCGCACGCGUCAGCGUCGACAAGUGCCUCGACUUUGUGAAGGAUAUGAGUGACUACCAGCUGGUUCAAGAAGUGCGGGAGCUCAACCUGCAGGGCAAGCUUGCGGGUUAUGGCAUCGACCCGCAAAAGCUCAAAAUCACUCACGAUGACAUACUGAACUCUGGAAAGCUUCAACAACUUUUCAAGAUCGUGGAGAGUCAGCAGGAAGCGAAGCGCAAGACGCUGGUGUUCUCGCAGUUCACCAUGUUCUUGGACAUCAUCGGAUGUGCGCUGGAGGCCAAAGGUUUUCGUUUCGUCCGCGUGGAUGGCACCACGAAGAUCAGCGACCGCCAGACCACGGUGGACAGCUUUCAGAAGGAGGGCUCUGGGGUGGACAUCAUGAUCUCUUCACUCAAGGCAGGCGGCCAAGGCCUCAACCUGACGGCGGCGGACCACGUGGUUCUCAUGGACUUGUCCUGGAACCCACAGGACAACCGCCAAGCGGAGGACCGGGCGCACCGACUGGGUCAGACUCGACCAGUCACGGUGACCUACAUGAUGGCGAAAGACACGGUGGAGGAGAAGAUUGUGAAGUGCAACAUCUCCAAGAUGCAGCUGGACUACGAGUUCGGGGGCCAAAAGAGCGCCUUGGAGGAGGCUGAGGCCGAGGAGGCUAAGGGGAAGAGCUUCGAGGAUGAAGUUUGCAACGACUUUGCUCAAGAGCUUGGCCGGGCCCAGCGCUUCUUGGCCCUUCUGGCGGACGUCCAGCGGCAGCUGGCCCGCCUGGACGCACAGGCUCUGACGGAUCUCAGCUGGUCCUUGGCUGUGCUGAACCACCGCGACAACCGACUGCUGGCAGGCAUCUGCCACCAGCUUUUCUCACAGAUGGAAGAGUUCAGCCCGGCGAACCUUGCCAUCAGUGCCUGGAGUUUCGCAACGCUGAACUACCGCGAUGAUCUCGUGAUGAAGCGCCUGAAUCGGCAAGCGCUCGGUAGGCUCCAGGAGUUCGAAGCCCAAAGCCUGGCCAACCUCUCCUGGGCCGAGGCAACCAUGCGCUUCAAGGACGACGUGUUGAUGCAUCACAUCGCUGGGGAGGCCUUGCGGAAGAUGGACCGCUUCUCCCCACAGCAUGUGGCCAACACUGCCUGGGCUUAUGCUACGCUGGGACGUCGCGCCGACGUGCUUUUCAGUGCGCUCGAGGCAAGGGCUUUGCGUCUGCUCCUAGAAGAUGCCCCGGACUUUGUGCCGUUGGACUUAGCUCUAUGCUGCUGGUCCUUUGCGUGGCUGGAGCACGCCCGCCCAGAUUCAGAGCUGCUGAAGGCGAUUGCGGCCGCAGCUCUGAGGCGUCUGGGCGAGUUCAGCACGCAGCAGCUUGCAAACAUGCUUUGGGGCUUUGACCACGCGAACUACUCCGAUGGCAACUUCUUUUCGACUAUGGUGCAGUGGUGCUGCUCAAGGCCGAUGACCUUUUGGCAGAAGGCAGCUGGAGAGGAGCUGGUCUCUGUCAUGACCGCGCUUCGGCCAUACGCAUCAGGGUCGCAUGCUUGGAAGGAGCUCGAGAACUUCUUCGUCAAUGAAACCCUGCGGCCCUUGGCAGAGUUCCUCUGCUCAUCCAACAGCUCCGAAGGCUAUGUCCAGGGCCUUCGGCAGCUGCGAACAUAUCACGCUGGUGCCCUGUACACAUCUUGGCUUUUCGAGCAUAUUGGUAUCCGGUUCUUGGGAGAUGCCGGCGAUGCUCGUGUGGCCCAGAAGGUCGAAGAUUUGGUGCAGUUCUACCUUCUUGCGCCGGAGCCACGAUGGCUUCCAGAUGGCUACGAAGAUGAUGACGUCCAGGCCAACCGCGCUGAGAUCCCCAGUCUCCUUGAGCUGCUGGACAUCAAGCGCAGGGUGCAGCCCUCCAGUCAUUUCAUCGCCCUGCACCUCUCAGCCGAGUUGUGGACGGACACGUCUCCCAGUACACCCCGCCGCAAGAUCUGGCGGGUGGUGCCCACGCGCCCCCCCCGGCGCUCGGGUCUGGUCUUUGUGCGUGGAGAGAAGCUGGAGGAGCACGGCAUGCCAGAUGACGACGACCCAGGCUUUGGAAUGAGGACCGCCACGCUGCGUGAUUACCAGCGCAAGCACCAUGCUGAAGUUACUGCGCUUUCGCAGGCGCGCAAAAAAUCUUCUUGA